AUGUUUGCAGCUAUACGUUCGAUUCAAAAGCCUGUCACAAGUACGGGAUUGCGUUCAUUGAGUGUACCAGCGUAUAAACCCGAUUUGAAAUCACAAGCAGUGAAGCCUAAGAACAUUAAAUAUUUUAAAAUCUACCGUUGGGACCCUGAAUCAAAGGAAAAACCAUAUCAAUGCACAUAUCCUGUGGAUUUGGAUGAAUGUGGUCCUAUGGUGCUGGACGCUCUGAUUAAGAUUAAGAGUGAACAGGACCCAACACUGACGUUUCGUCGCUCGUGUCGUGAAGGAAUUUGUGGUUCAUGUGCCAUGAAUAUCGAUGGUGGUAACACAUUGGCAUGUCUAAGUCCCAUUAAGAAGAACAAAGAUGUGAUCAACAUUCAUCCGCUACCGCACAUGUUCGUUAUCCGCGAUUUGGUGCCAGACAUGACCAACUUUUACGAUCAGUACACGUCUAUCAAGCCAUGGCUGCACUCGGAUAAACCCAGCGAUGUCAACCAUGAGCAUCUGCAAUCUAUUGAGGACCGCAAGAAACUCGACGGUAUGUACGAGUGCAUACUAUGCGCAUGUUGCAGCACCUCAUGCCCUAGCUACUGGUGGAAUCCGGACAAGUACCUAGGCCCUGCUGUUUUGAUGCAAGCAUUCCGCUGGAUUGAGGACUCGCGUGACGACAAGACGGAAGAGCGUUUGCGCGCGCUAGACGAUUCGUUCAAGUUGUACAAGUGCCACACCAUCAUGAAUUGCACGCGCACAUGUCCGAAGGGUUUGAACCCGGCUCAGGCUAUCGGUAAGAUCAAGACGCGUCUUGCUAACUUGCAUUAA